UUUAUUCCUACCAUUUUUGGUGCCAUUUGGAAACUGAUUCUCCCCCUCGAUCUUCGCUCCGCUCCAGAUCUGAUCCCAAAACUACACUGCAGGGUGAACUUACAAAUAUGGGCCGUGGUGUCAGUAGUGGUGGCGGACAAAGUUCACUCAACUACCUUUUUGGAAGUGGAGGUGAGCCGAAGCCCACCACGGUGUCCACAGGCAAUGCAGAGGCUCCAACCCUGGCUCCUCUGGGUCAGGUCCAUGUUACUGCUACUACCGAGCCACCUCCUAAACCCGCGGCUGCUAUAACUCCACCGGAUAUUGCAAAACAGAUUCCAGCUGGCAUCCAGAGUAGCAAGCUUAACAACUAUACCCGAGCUGAUGGUCAGAAUACCGGCAACUUCCUCACGGAUCGUCCUUCGACCAAGGUUCAUGCUGCUCCAGGGGGCGGGUCUUCCUUGGGUUACCUUUUUGGUGGCGGUAGCAACUGAUAUCGUUGUUGUAAAAUAUAUGAAUCAAGUACUGUGUGCUGUCGGUUUGGAUCCCGGGUAUGGUUUCAAGAAAUCGUUGUCAUCUCGUGACAACUUUUGACUUUAAAAUUGUCAUAUAUAAUAUAUCUAUUUGUUCCUAAUUUGGCAGAAUGGCAGUUAUAAUGCCUAUUCUCUGAUUUUUUUAUGAAAUUUGCAGCAGAUCAAAAUAUUCUGCUUUCAUUUUCUUCAA